AUGGAUAGCAAAAACACCAAACAAUCUCUGCAUCUUCCCGAAGAAAUCAUCGAAGAAAUACUGUCAAGACUUGCGGUGAAAUCGCUCUUGAAAUUCAGGUGCGUCUCGAAAUCAUGGCACUCUUUAAUUGGCUGCGAAAGAUUCGUAAAAAAACACCACCAAAAUUCAACAAGAAACACGACUUUAGCCCACCACAGGGUCUUGUUAAGCUCUCGUUACAAAGUAGAGCUGUCGCAGUGCCCUCUGCCAUCGUUAUUCGAUAAACACGACACUCCUGCUUUAAAAUGGGACUUUGCAACCGAUAUUUUUAUUGAUUCAAUAACUCUCGUGGGUUGCUGUAAUGGACUCGUUUGCAUCCUUUUAAAUCAUGAACAUGUUAUUCUGUGGAACCCAUCCACCAGAAUCUCGAGGAUAUUGCCUGAGACGCCUGGUUACAAGCAUUGGUUUUAUGGAUUCGGCUGCGAUGAGUCGAGUGGUGAUUACAAGGUUAUUGCUAGUGCUGAUGAACCAUUUGUGCGUAAAAAUAACAUAGCUAAAAUAUAUAGCUUGAAGACUGAUUCGUGGAAGGAAACAACGGGUCCUUGGGAACUUUUUAUGACGUUUCGCGCUGAGCAACGGGGAAUGUUAGCAAGUGGGAAGCUUCACUGGGAGAUUAUCAGUUACGGAAUUGUUUCUUUCGACUUGAAGGAGGAGGUGUUUGAAAUCGUUGAGGAAUCCUUUGAAGAAGAGCAUUUCGAUUGUGCUAUUACGACCUUGGCUGAAUCUGGCAUUGAUCAACUUUCAUUGAUGAAUGUACAGUGUCUGUUUAUUGAUGUGUGUCGGGAAUCAGCAGAAGUUUCAGCAUGCGAAGGUCUGCAAUUAAUAAAAUAUUCAACAUAUGAUUAUGGUAUCCACCUUCGUGGAUGGGAAUUCACAGAAGAUGCAUAUUAUGAUUGUCAUAUCUACGUUGAGAGUUUAGUCUCACCAUAG